UCUGAUACAACCAAGCAAGGGGACGGUCACGCUUCACGAACGGAAGAUCAUCCGUCCAAAGUCACAAUGACAGGCCAAACGCCAGCCUCGGAAUGAAAUCUCACACUCCGAACGAGGUCGAUCUCUCGAUACUACUGCACCUCGACACCCUUACAUUCUUAGAUUUGCCUACAGUGCAUCGGAGACGAGUCUGAAACGGGAAGGUUGUAAUCAAAGAUGGAAGCAUAUAAUGAAGCGGCAAGCAACCUGCUGGCAGGGGGGAGCAUUGCUUCUGUCGCCGACACCAUGCCUUCAAUUCGAAACAUAGCCCUCUCAGGCCUCACAGCCGCUCAGUCCGUCCUAGGCUUCGGACUCACAAGCCCAGUCAUCAGAGCAGAUUCCCUAGCCUCAGCUUCAGCAACAUGUAACAGCCCACAACUCUCUUGCCAGAAUACUUCCGCAGUCUCCGAUCUCUGCUGCUUCAAUUCCCCGGGCGGCGCACUCCUUCAGACGCAAUUCUGGGACACAGACCCCGUCGUCGGACCCUCAGAUUCCUGGACAAUCCAUGGACUAUGGCCCGACAACUGCGAUGGCACCUACGAAGCCAAUUGCGACGAUAAACGCGCUUAUACCAACAUCACCGAUAUCCUCAACGCGGCUGGCAAACAGGAUCUUGUGUCGUAUAUGAACACGUACUGGCAAAGUAAUUCUGGAUCCGCCGAGACGUUUUGGGAACAUGAGUGGGGAAAGCACGGGACCUGUAUCUCGACUCUUGACCCAGACUGUUAUUCGGAUUACAAGCCUACGGAAGAAGUUCCGGACUUCUUCGAAAAGGUCGUGAGUUUGUUCAACGCUUUGCCUUCGUAUAAAUGGCUUGCGGAUGCCGGGAUCACGCCGGAUAGCAGCAGGACGUAUACUUUGGCCCAGAUCCAGAAUGCUGUGGCGAAGCAAUUUGGUGGGAAGAUUCCAUAUGUGGGUUGUGCUUCGGGCGCGAUGGAUGAGCUUUGGUAUUUCUAUAAUGUUAGGGGUUCGGUUCAGACGGGCGAGUUUGUGCCGGUGGAUACUUUGACCAAGUCGAAUUGUCCUAGUACGGGUAUCAAAUAUAAGCCCAAGAGUGGUGGUGGAGGAGGUGGAGGUGGAUCGACUACGACUACGACUGGAAGCGGAUCUCAGCCCACUAGCAACCCUGGCGACGCGUUCUCUGGAUCUGGAUAUUUGAAUGUGAUUUCCGGAGGUAGCCAGAAGGGUUGCAUUAUUUCGGCGGGCACUUGGUAUACGACUGGUACUUGCGCCACGAUUUCUGCCACGGCUUCUGGUGAUGGCUUCACUCUCAAGUCUUCCAAGGGCAGCUGCGGUUUGGUCUCAGGAGCAUUGACUUGCGGCUCUGGCGUAACGAGCACGGUGUUCACGCAUGAUGGCAGUACACUGCAGUACGGCGGCUCGUCUGCAUUCUCGGCAGACAGUGUGCCAAGUGGAAGUACACAGGCCAAAGUGUACUCUGGAAGCAGUCAUUCAGCUGCUAUUACGAUACAAUGGGGCAGCAAAUAAAUCAUAGACAUUGCAUGAAGAAUAGAUUUGCAUUCUAAGAGC